GAGCUCUCCGCUCAGGCUCAACGUGAAAAUCCCUCUACAUCCAUUCAUCUCAAUACAUACUCUCUCUAUCCCAUGCAGGCGCACUUAUUGCAUUGUAUACUCCAACAGCCGAGGAGAGCUGGAUAGCUUUUGAUCAGCUCUUUCUUUUGUAAAGGCUCUUCUCUUUAAUUUAACUAAAUGAGCCGCUGUCAUUCGCCGACAUUCUCAUGAGGCUACUUGGAAGACAUCCGUAUAGACAGUUCUCUUAUCCGACAGCAAGACUUCCAUGCAAGCCUUAAUCCACCAUACCAUUGGAUUUUCAGGGAUUAUGUCCUGCAUUUGAUUUAGAGUGACAGCUAUCUAUUGAAGAGGGGUAAAGUCGUCCAGAAAAGUUUUGAAGAGUCUGGAGAAGUUUCGCCGUGAAACCUUGCAAAAUAUCGUGGAACAUUCUUACCAGCGGACGGACAGAAAAGAGGAUUUUGUGACCCUUCCCGAUCUUUAUGUCUGCGAAAAGGAGGACUUAAAAAUUGGAUGCAGCGAAGCUUGUUUUUUAGAGAGAAACCUAGAAAGUGUAAAAGGAUUUACUAAAGAGUGCGGGAGAAAGGUAGUUGUGGAAUAAAAUAAAUUGAGGCAGAGCUUUGUAGACGAAAUUGGCAAUAACUGUUGAGGAAGUUGAAAGCAGUGUCAAAACAUUUGUGGAAACCAAGUGAUUAUUCAAUUAGCAAAGGAUCUAUGGAAGAUAAAGUGUUUUCCAUCUCAUACUGCAAAUCUUUGAGCUGAUCCAAAUUCACCAAAUAACCUCCACAUUGCUCUUGCCGAAGAAAGAUCUGGAUAAACUGGAUUACUAUCUAUAUGGAAGCAUCAUCUGGAUAUAUUUAUGUUGAAGAGUUUCUAUAAAUCAACCAUAGUUAUUUUAACUGCCAACUGGGUUGCGCUCUGUCUCCAGCAAAGCGUUAAAUCAGAAUUUUGGUUGCAGAAGUUGUUUAGGCUUUGGAGAGUUUCUUUGAGCUGUACUAAGAAGAAGAAGAGCAGAAAUACAGAUUGACUCUGUAAGAAUGUUAAUGAGGGGACGAUUUGGAGAGGCAAAUCGGUAACGACCGCUUGAACCAACAGUCGACAGGGCUUAACGGUGAUAUUUAUCUCUGCGUCAAGUGGGAUACGAACCGCUCGUCAAAUAUCAUCGGGACUCGUUCGUCAGGACAUUAACCCUACCAACCCCGUCCUCAAGACUCGGAUCUGAGUUUUGGUUAGUAACUGUGUAGCGAUUGAGCAUUGCAUGUUGAGCCUAAGCUUCAUAAAUCCCUGGAUUUCUGAGGAUAUUCAAUGUUAUUUUGAGACUUACGCCGGUGACAGUGCUGGCUGCUCAGUGUCUCAAUUACUGCAUUGUCAAGUUUAACUGUGGUUUUGUUGAUCUUCCACAUUGGACGUAUCAGGAUUUGUGACCAGGGUACCCAUUGCUUGAUCACUUUCUAGAAGAUUGGAGAUCAUAGAGAGGGCAAUACUUCAUCAACCAGCUUCAGAGGAAUGGCAUGACAGAAUCAAUAUCAUGCAUCAUUUUUCUCUUUCCUCCCCCAAAUUGCUGUCAAAAAGUACUUGACAGUGCACUUCACGACCGACAGCGUAUCGCUUACUGGCAUAUUUGCGAUGUGUAUGCAUACAAGAUUAUACUGUAAAAUGAUGUCGGUAUGAUAUGAGGAGCUGAGCUAACCGGAUAUACGCGAAAUUGGGUUUUGAGAGGAGCGAGGAGAGCAAAGGAACUUGACACUGGUUUGGUUUCUGUUUAUAAGGAGUUAUUCUGGAUGCCGGCUGCGACACGGUUUACUUGGGUGAAAAGUGGUGAAUCUAGGAGUGGAACUGAUUACCAUAACAGUAGCAAGUAGGGGUCUCGAGGGAGACAGUUACAGAAGUCACUACCGAGUGGCAGAGUGCAACGAUCGUCUUCCUCUCCGGAGACUCUCGAGCUUCUUAACCCCUUGCCGACCAAGCACCUUAGCAUCUGCGAGGGAUAUCUCCGAGUCCAGUCGGGGCUUAGAGGCACGUUCCUAUCCCCACCUUCCAAAUCGGGCGUCACUCGUCGCCCUCAUACCCUUACAGGUAUACAUUUACCAAUACAAGGACCCCUGCCUUGGCUCCGUAGUGAACUCUCGUCCUGGCGGCGCUCUACAACGAUUCGGCCAAUUGACUUGCCCUUGUCCGUCAGUACGCCGCUACGAUUGCAACUCCAGAUGAUUGGAGGUAACCGAAUCUAGGUUCUGGAACUCCGUUCGCUCGCCGAAGAAUUACGUUUCACGGAAAUCACGGAGCUAUAACCUUGUUGGGACAACUUGUGGUCGCAUUUCUUAAAAAUUGAGUGGAUUUCAGGAGGAAUUCAUACCUCAUCAAUCAGUGAAUAUUUGUGCUAGUGGACGAUAAUAGUUUGUUGUCUUAUUCGAAAAGGAAACUACUUUGAUGACAUAUUGUCACAGCAGAUUGCGAGGAAGCAUUUCUUGGUAGUCAAUGCAAAGAAUCUUAUGGAUAAACACCGGCAUUCUGGAGCUACAGUUGCCUGCAUCAUCUUGAAGAUGUUCAAAGCAUUUAUUUAAUUUGUUGGAGAUAAAAAAAAAACAACUAUCAAGCUACCGAGAAACAAGGAUUAUCCUUUCAUCAUGUUUGUGGAAAAUUUUUCUUGUGGAUAUAACUCAUUUUCGAAAGCAAUGGCUUUCAAAAGGAAAUCAGUGCCAUUCUGGAUAUAUACUUGUCUGCUGAUAACAUUAGCUGUUGGGGCUGAUGCAAGACGUAAUGAGGAAUCACCCCCAAGGAUCACUGAACAUCCGUCAGGCCAGUCCAUCCGGAAGAACAGUCCUGCAACGCUCAACUGCAGAGCUGAAGGAUUCCCUGCACCAGACCUCCAUUGGCUCAAGGAUGGGCAACCUUUGGAGAUGAAAGGUGAUGGUCACCUGACCGCCCUGAGCACGGGGGCGCUCUUCUUCCUACGGGUCAUUCCGAGGGUGGACAUCGGCGUGUACCAGUGCGUCGCAACCAAUUCCCUAGGAGUCGCGUACAGCAAGAAUGCAAGUCUGGACAUUGCAUGUAAGUUCUUGAAUGUUUUUAAAUGAUUUUAGUCCUCUGUAUUUUGUGUGUGCUUA